AUGGCUGAGCGAUACAUCCCCGAGCAUCGCCGCACCCAGUUCAAGGCCAAGAACACCUUCAAGCCUGAGGAGCUCCGUCGCCGCCGCGAGGAGCAGCAGGUUGAGAUCCGAAAGGCGAAGCGUGAGGAGAACUUGGCCAAGCGACGAGGUAUUGGAACCGGUGAGAACCGCCCUGGCGCUUCCCUCGGCGCCGCCCCCGACAGCGACGAUGAGUCCGCUCCCACCGAGUCUCAGCUGAACGAGGACCUUCCUCAGAUGGUCGCUGGCGUCUUCUCGGACCAGAUCGAUGCGCAGAUCCAAGCCACCACCAAGUUCCGAAAGCUGCUCUCCAAGGAGCGCAACCCCCCGAUCGAGGAGGUCAUCAAGACCGGUGUUGUCAGCCGCUUCGUCGAGUUCCUGCGAUCCCCCCAUACCCUUGUCCAGUUCGAGGCUGCCUGGGCUCUGACCAACAUUGCCUCCGGCUCCGCCACCCAGACACAGGUUGUUAUCGAGGCCGGCGCUGUCCCCAUCUUCGUCGAGCUUCUCGCCAGCCCUGAGCCCGAUGUGCGGGAACAGGCCGUCUGGGCCCUCGGCAACAUUGCCGGUGACAGCCCUCACUGCCGCGACUAUGUCCUUAGCUGCGGUGCCCUGAAGCCUCUCCUUAACCUCCUCGGCGAUAGCCGCAAGCUCAGCAUGCUCCGUAACGCGACCUGGACUCUCAGCAACUUCUGCCGUGGCAAGACCCCUCAGCCCGACUGGAGCACCAUCGCCCCUGCUCUCCCCGUCCUUUCCAAGCUGGUCUACUCUCUCGACGACGAGGUGUUGAUCGAUGCUUGCUGGGCCAUCUCUUACCUGUCUGAUGGAUCCAACGACAAGAUCCAGGCCGUUAUCGAGGCUGGCAUCCCCCGCCGACUCGUGGAGCUGCUCAUGCACGCUUCCACCUCUGUCCAGACCCCUGCGCUGCGCUCCGUCGGAAACAUUGUCACCGGUGACGAUGUCCAGACCCAGGUCAUCAUCAACUGCGGUGCUCUGCCCUGCCUUCUUUCUCUGCUCAGCUCCACCAAGGACGGUAUCCGCAAGGAGGCUUGCUGGACCAUCUCCAACAUUACCGCCGGCAACUCGUCCCAGAUCCAGGCCGUUAUCGAUGCCAACAUCAUUCCUCCUCUGAUCCACCUUCUCCAGAACGGUGACCUGAAGACCCGCAAGGAGGCUUGCUGGGCCAUCAGCAAUGCCACCUCUGGAGGUCUGCAGAAGCCUGAGCAGAUCCGAUACCUCGUCGCUCAGGGCUGCAUCAAGCCUCUCUGCGAUCUCCUCGCCUGCCCCGACAACAAGAUCAUCCAGGUUGCUCUCGACGGUCUUGAGAACAUUCUUAAGAUUGGCGACCUCGACAAGCAGGCUGCUGGCGAGAGCGGCGACUCCAUCAACCGUUACGCCCUCUUCAUUGAGGAGUGUGGUGGUAUGGAGAAGAUCCACGACUGCCAGAACAACGCCAACGAGGAGAUUUACAUGAAGGCCUACAACAUCAUUGAGAAGUAUUUCUCUGACGACGAGGAGAACGCUGAUGAGGGUAUGGCCUCGCAGCCCGCCGGCCCCAACGGCACUUUCGGCUUCGGCGCCAACGGUGCUGCCCCAUCUGGCGGCUUCGAUUUUGGCAAGGGCAGCGACGCGAUGGACAUGUAG